AGCAACGAUCUUGCUGGGUACUCGUUCUGGAAUCUGGGAGAAUAUUUGCAGAAUGAGUUUGGAUUCAUCUCGCUCAGGAUCCUCCUUAGCCUCUAAUUCUAAACGAAGUUUCUCUAAUUCAGCAUCUUCCAACCGUUCCAAUGUUAACACUAAUAGCGCUAAUAACAGUAAGAAGAAGAAGAAGACGAAGUCGUCGACCACCACAACCACCAACCAGAAAACCCUAGGCGUCUCUUGGGGCUCAAAUUCUCUCCCCUCUUCCCGAAAAUCCGCCUUCUCCGAUUUCGGCAGUUAUAUGGCGAUUAAGAAUCGGAAACUACACAACCAGUUUGACGCUGAAGCUUCGACGUCUUCGUUUAAUGGCUCUAGUUCUGGGAAGCCUAUAUUCAGUGGAGUUUCAAUUUUUGUUGAUGGUUUCACGCUUCCUUCCAGCCAGGAACUACGGGGCUACAUGUUAAAGUAUGGAGGAAGAUUUCAGAAUUAUUUCUCAAGACGUCAUGUAUCACAUAUCAUCUGCAGUAAUCUUCCUGACAGUAAAGUUAAGAACCUGAGGUCCUUCAGUGCAGGGUUGCCAGUGGUGAAACCCACUUGGAUUUUAGACUCGGUUGCUGCUAAUAGACUCUUGAGCUGGGUGCCUUAUCAACUUGACCAACUUGAUAGUGACCAACCAAAACUGUCGGCCUUCUUCACAUUUAAAAGUAGCAAAAUGUCAGAGGAUACUUCUACAAAUGCCCUUUGUCAAGUAGGUUCAGACAUUGAAGAUUCAUCUAUGAGGGUUGGACAAUCAAAGGAUAGACACUCGUCUGAAGUUCAGGAGAUGGUUGAACUUGGCGGGCAAAUCAGUACUGAAUCUGAUGAUAUUGUCCCUGAGAAUACUAAUGCAACUAUGAGGGAACAGCUGACUAGAGUUAGAGUUAAAUGUGAUGAAGAAGAGCUUACAGGAGGAAGCAACGAUGCUGAGAGAAAUGUGGGUGAACUUGAACCUAAUCAUCAGGAACCUUCUACAUCAUUUAGUACUUCCUGCUCAGAUGACCAGAAUGUAAAAGAAUUUCCAAGUUCUGCAGCCACUAAGCCUUCUAAACAGUGUCAUUCAACUCUUGCAGACCCUAAUUUUGUGGAAAAUUAUUUCAAGAGCUCACGGCUACACUUUAUAGGAACCUGGAGAAAUCGGUAUCGAAAGCGUUUUCCCAUCUCAUCUACUGUGGCUAAAAAUGAAAUUUCUAAUAUUCACGCCUCUGAUAUUUCUGUGAAUUCAGUCAUUAUCCAUAUUGACAUGGACUGCUUUUUUGUCUCCGUGGUUAUCAGGAACCACCCUGAAUUGUUGGACAAGCCUGUAGCUGUAUGUCACUCAAAUAAUUCGAAGGGAACUGCUGAGAUUUCCUCUGCCAACUACCCAGCACGUAGUUAUGGUAUUAGGGCUGGUAUGUUUGUCCGGGAUGCCAAGGCUCUUUGUCCCCACCUUGUUAUCUUUCCAUACAAUUUUGAAGCUUAUGAGGAAGUAGCUGAUCAAUUUUAUAGCAUAUUGCAUCGACAUUGCAACAAAGUGCAGGCUGUAAGCUGUGAUGAAGCAUUUUUGGACGUCACAGAUUCAGAAGUUGAAGAUCCUCUACUUUUAGCUUCAUCAAUUAGAGAUGAGAUCUAUGAGAGUACUGGAUGUACAGCCAGUGCUGGUAUAGCUGGAAAUAUGCUUAUGGCUCGUAUUGCUACCAGAACUGCAAAACCAAAUGGUCAAUAUCGCAUAACUCCAGAAAAGGUUGAAGAUCAUUUGCGUCAACUCCCAAUUGAUGCACUUCCUGGAAUAGGGCAUGUUUUACAGGAGAAAUUGAAGAAGCAGAAUAUUCACACUUGUGGAGAAUUGCACAUGAUUUCCAAGGCCUCACUGCAGAAAGACUAUGGAAUGAAAACGGGGGAAAUGCUGUGGAAUUGUAGCAGAGGGAUUGAUAACCGGUUGGUUGGCAUCUUUCAGGAAAAUAAGUCCAUCGGUGCUGAUGUUAAUUGGGGUGUGAGGUUCAAAGAUAUGAAAGAUUGUGAACACUUCCUAAUAAACCUUUGCAAGGAAGUGUCAUUACGAUUGCAAUGUUGUGGAGUGCAGGGGCGCACUUUUACUCUCAAGAUAAAAAAGAGAAGAAAAGAUGCUCAAGAACCGGCAAAGUUUAUGGGGUGUGGUGACUGUGAAAAUUUGAGUCACUCAAUAACGAUUCCUCUUGCUGCUGAUAAUGUGGAAGUACUCCAAAGAAUAGUAAAGAAACUUUUUGGAUGUUUUCACAUAGAUGUCAAGGAGAUUCGAGGUAUUGGCCUGCAAGUUUCCAGACUUGAAAGUGCAGAGACUUCUAAGCAAGGUACAGAAAAGUAUACUUUGAAAUCAUGGCUCACUUCAGGAUCUGCAAGUAUAGACAAACAGAAAUAUCCUAUUGUACAUGACAAGCAGAAUAUGGAUUGCACUUCCAGUGAUGGACGUAGAGAUUUGCAAGGGCCUUCAUUUCAAAUGGACAAUAAAAUACUAAAUAACCAAGCCAGUGGUGACCCAAUUUCAACACCACCUCCUUUAUGUCACCUGGACGUGGAAGUUAUAAGGAACCUUCCCCCAGAAUUAUUUUCAGAAUUAAAUGAAAUUUAUGGAAGGAAGUUAGUUGAUUUUAUUGCUAAAGGGAAAGGCACAAGUGAGAAUUCUUGCUCUUUAGAAGACUCGUUUUUGGAGCAAAAAGCAGCUGUAUACAAGGAAGUGAAACUUUCGUAUUCUGAGCCAAUUCCUCAAAACAAUCUACUAUCAGAAAAUAAGGCAAUGCAGCAUGAAGCAGUUGGAGGUGAAGCAAUACCAGGUUCAGGGUCUGGACCCUAUUUCAAGGUUACUCACAAUUCGAGUUUUGAAAAACAUGAUUUAUUGCCGUCUUCUUUAAGUCAAAUAGAUGGUUCAGUGUUACGACAAUUGCCGGAGGAUUUGAAAGCAGUCAUUGUUGAGCAGCUUCCUGCACACAGGAAGCAAGGGAUUUGCUCCAAUGUUGCCGUGGCCCCUCCUGGGGAAAACCAUCAGGUGUUGUUAGGUAUCGAAACUUCUGAGAAUUAUCCUGGAUCAAGUGAUCAUGUUUUGAAUGACAGUCUUUGGGCUGGGAAUCCUCCACAUUGGGUUGAUAAGUUUAAAGUCAGCAGUUGCUUAAUAUUAAAGAAACUUGCUGAAAUGUAUUACAAAUCAGGGUUGACUAGCACUUUAUCUUCAGUUCUGCACCAAAUUAUAUCGGAAUUUCACCAAGUAAAUCUAGCCCAUCAGAUUUCUGAUGAAACUGUUAACCUCAUGUGUGAGCUACUGAAGCAGUAUAUCAAAGUGAAGAUAGAAAGAGAUAUUGAAGAGAUUUAUAUAUGUUUUCGGCUUUUGAAAAGGUUUGCAGUGAAGUCACAAUUUUUCCUACAAGUGUAUAAUAUUGUAUUGCCAUACCUUCAGGCGGCUGUUGAUGACAGUUAUGGAGGGAGUUUGUUUAUACCAUCAUAGUAGCUCUCAAAUAGUCAAAUAUAUACCACUUUCUAUGGGAAACUUAAACAAAACUCCGUGGUUUAACUGGAUGAACCUAUGAGGUUGGGUCACAAUUCAGCAGUUUCUAUCCACCACUUUCCUACAGAGCAUCAAUGUUGCAAUUACAACUGGGAAGGGUAGAUUUGGUCAUCUCGGAGAACCAUAAUAUGACAAAAUUUGUGGAGAAAGUUUCUUGUAUAAUUCAUUGAUGCUUUGCUGCUAACAAACGAGGUUUGGGUUAUGUUUGGACAUGGAAAGAGUUUGUCACAGUGAAGUCGAAGGACUGCAACUCAGUCAGUCAAGAGGCAGAAGAUUAAUUAAUUACAUUUUUCAUUCAAAUUAGACGUCACUUGAUGGCAACCACAAGUCACAAGGCAUUGGGUGAGUAGCUUUCUUGCCGCUGUCUAUUGUAAUUUGCAACGGUCACUGCUCCUAUAUCCAUUGCAUCACGUUGGAAGCACCGUGAAGCGAAGAAAUUUGACCCAGCAAUUAUAUUCUCCAAUGAGCAGCCGAUUUAAUUUGGCUUGAUCUUUAACCAAUAUAGUGGUGGUAGAUGCGAAUUUGAUUAUUAGUUUUUUGCUUCAAAGAAUUGUUUAUAUAAAGUGUUAAAGACCAUUGAGAGAUGGUUGACUUGUGAAUAAGGACCAUUGGUUCACAUCCGAAACCUAAACAGACUGCCGAGUUUUGCUUAGACUAUUGACUUUGAUAUGUUUACAAUACAUAUAGAUAUGGAACCAG